AUGGUGCUAGGAGAAGAAGAACUUAGUAACCCCAAAGAAAACUUGGUUAAAGUUAAUGCAGAGAAGAACAAGGCUAACACAAGUCAUGUUGAACCAAAGAAGAACAAUGCUGAUGCAAGUCAUGUUGAAGUUGAUACAAUUAAAGUUGGGGUUGUUGUAGGUCAUGUUGUAGUUGAUGUAGUUCAAAUUGAGGUUGUUGCAUGUCAAGUUGAGAUUGAUGUAGGUCAAGUUGAGGUUGAUGCAGAUCAGUUAAAAGUUGAUGCAGAUAAAGAUGAACCAAGUAUGGUUGAAGCAAGUUAG